GAUCCGAAUUCGUUGACGAUUACGAGGUUAUCAUUUUAGAAAAAUCGUCCCCCGUGCUGUAGGAGCAAACGUGCCUUCUCCAUUGAGGUAUGAUUCAGAGGUACCUCAAUUUAUUUCGCAGCUUCAAGUUUCUACUACCGAUUACCCAAACUCACUCAACGGAUCCAAUAUGCUGCAGUUUCAAAGGGAUGAUACCCGAUAUUCGGUCACACAUGAUUUCUGCUUCUGAUCCUCAAAACCGAGGAGGCUGGUGCAGGUGGGCGUCGUUAUUCUUGUCCUCCAAUGUCGGGCGUUCAGGAACACUUUGAAGCCCGAGGCUGGCAUCUCAGAAACCUCCCUGGGGCCGAGUCAUUCAUAUGGGCGGUGUACGAACAACCUUUCCCUAUUUCCCCUCAAGCUCAUACUCAAAAGCUAAGAGACCACACCUGAUGAGGUUCGUCUAAGAUGCUCCCUCCAAACUUUCGAUCAUUAUUUUACAGUUUUGCACGCGAUAUCAGAUUCCUAUCUCAAGUGCGUGGUGAAACGAAACAUCAGUCAUCUCUCCUGCGGACCUCUGCCUAGAUCUCAGCCGGGCGCGACGUUGGCAAGAACUCUGAUCAGGCUGUGAGUUGCCAGCAAAGAGUAUUGGGCAUCACGGCAUUGAAGCCAAGCUGGCUUAUGAACCUUGUGACACCCUCCUGCGAAAAAAGGUACGACUUUGGUGCCGUCUGACUGCCUUGCAAAAUGCCUCAAUAUUCUCAUGCAAUUCAGCAAGUGUGCCAGCCAUGGGAUUUCCUGCCGAGAAAACAAUCGAGAUGUCAACUCGGUCGGUGUAGGACUUCAAGCCGUGACUGGUCACACCGCAAAACCGUUGAAGAGCCAGAGCCUGGUUCUUUCGGCACGAUGUGGUCUCGGUGGUGUGGGAGACUCACGACCUGGGCGAGAAAUUGCGAACCACGCUUGCCAGCGUGCUCGACUGGGUGGAACGUGGGUUACGACUCUUACGAGUCCGAAUCCUUCGUGCUGUCGAAUAACAGCCAUCCAGAAAAGUGAGGCGGACAAGCGGGUUUGCCUCACUUCUUUAGCGGUACAUCCGGAGCGAACCGCAAGGAGAGGCCAAGCACGAGUUGCAAAGCUGAUUCGUCGCUUCACUGUGGGAAGCUUGAUGUUCUGGCUUUCGAUGCAUGGAACCCAUGGCCCAUGGCUUCUUCGUUGCGCUGUGGGUGGUGCGUCAAAGUCGUGUUCCCAGCAUCACACAUGCACAUUUCGCCCGACGAGGGUGUCUACAAGUAGUUGGGAAAUAAUCGCUGGGUGGCUGCCUGGGAGCUGCAAUUGUGAUAGGCUCUAGUGCGCGUGCAGCGUGCUGGCACUGGCCAUUCAGAGGGCAUUCAGGCUUGACACGCUGUACAUCGAGCCACUAAAAUUCCCCGACAGGGCACUGUGACUUGGAUCGCGACCACUAAGAUCACUGUUCGCACUCCACUGCGUCCUCUAAUCCAGGACUCUGAUUAGUCCAACCCGCCAAAAAAGCAAUGCAAUUGGCCCCGGCCAAGCUUAAACUGUCGGACAGAAACAUCACAGCUUCCACUUCGUCAUCCAUCCAUCUCACCCACCCUACAGUACAGCCAACAUCUUGCUAAAGCCCUCAUCAUUCCAGAUUGGGUCCGAUAGCUGGCAGAGCCCCAUGCCAUGCAUCCCGCUUCUUGAGCAAUACAUAGUUUGUCGUUCCUCCCUGACCAUCCUUCCUUUCGCCUUACUUUCACGAAUCGCCAGCACCUGCCAGCGCUCAUCAUUACUCCCUCUAAAACACCACCACGAACGAACCUAUCUCCACUCUCUUUGUUUACGGAAGAAAGCUGUCCAUCUGUGAGUUUGCAGAUCCCAAUGGAUCAUCAAUCUGCUACUGUCUAGCAUGGAGUGGUCUGUUUACUGACAUCCCUCGAGAUGUCUUCGAAUCUAAGAGUCGAUACCUCUGUGGACUAUGAGCAAGAUGAAUUCGAUCCGGAGCAACGAAGACAACGACUUCUGGCCCAGCGGGCCGAAAUGGAUAGGCAAAGAGCACAGCUCGAUGCCGAACUUGCUUCUCUUCAACCGUCUACUUCUCAAUCCUCCUACCAGCACCAUCACCGGUCUCCCAUAUACAAGCAGAGCCAACAGCGUCGAAGCAGCAAUGUGCCACGAAGCAUGUCCAGCAAUGGAGUCACUGCCAUGUCUAGGCAUCUCUCCUCUGAACGGAACGAUAUGUCGCAGCGACCAAGAGCCCUCUCCCAACGGUCGGCAACAUCGAUGGGACGCUCAAAAUCGAGAGGCAAUCCACCGCAACGAGUCAACGUACCCUUUACCCAGAAUGGUGCUAUCCCACCUCCCCUCAACUCCGAUCCGCAUCCACAGAACCAUGCCAUCAUGGAAUGGGUCUCUCAAGAACAGCCCUUGACAGCCUACACAUUCUCCCACCAGACUCCUCAGCUUCAGCAAACAAUGUCCCAACGCAGCGGUCUUGAACAAGUCCCAGAACUCCACUCUGUUGGAGAGAACCCAGCCGACUUCAUCUUGAGAACGAUGGGCAACGACCUAUCACCCACGAUAUCGAUUCCAUCCUCAGCGACUAUCAACAAUCAUCGGCUUUCAACAAGCUCUUACAAUAUGCCUUCGACGCCAACAUCCGACUCGCUCACGACUGCGACGACACUUACAGGCGACAUGAGUCGGCAAAAUAGUCUUUGCAAUGGUAUCGAAAGUAUGAUGAAGUUCAAUUCGAACAACUCUUUCUCUGCUGAUCUAAAUAACGAUCAGUAUAUGUAUGAUCAUGUUGCUUCAUUUUCUUCUUCUCGUAUUAGUCGUCCUUCAGAUGAGGAGCAGUCUCAGCUUCUUGUCGGUACUGGUGCAAGUCACGAGUCUCAGUUUUCAAAUUCUUUUCAAUUUCCAUCUUCGAACUCAUUUGGUGAGAAGAUGGAAAAGUCUCAAUCAGUUGAAAGUACUUCAUCAUCUACCUCGUCAGCAUCGUCUCGAAACGUCAAGCGUUUGCAAGAUCAAAUUGCUGCAGGUCAAUCUCGACCGCUCAUGCCUAAAGGUGGUAGUGACGGCAUUUCGAUGUCUCGAGAUAAUUCAUCUCAAGCGAUGACUCGAAUCGAGUCGAAAGACGGUUCACAAGACAAAGUUGCUAUCUCGAAACCAAGUUAUCAACGACCGAAACAUGAUCGGGUAUGUUGCAAACUAUGCGAUAAUCAUCCUGACGGCUUUCGCGGCGAGCACGAACUUCGUCGACAUGUCGAUCGUGAGCACAAGGAGAUGGUGAAGAAAUGGGUUUGCAUUGAGCCAACAGAUGGGGGUAACCACCCGGUUCCCAUCGUACCGCUCUCGCGAUGCAAGGCAUGCUCUCAACAAAAGAAAAAGUAUGGAGCGUAUUAUAAUGCGGCUGCACAUCUUCGACGGGCCCAUUUCAACCCUAAGACAAAGGGAAGAAGCAAGAGUCAACAAAAGGUUGAGCCCGCUGGAAAGCGCGGCGGCAAGGGAGGCGGUGAUGAACCACCGAUGACUGAGUUGAAGAAGUAUUGGAUGAAGGAAGUGGAGGUACGAGCUGAUUUCACCACUGAUGCCCAACAAGAGGCAGCCGACGAAUCCGAAGAAGAAAUUCUCGAUAACUCCCUCGACGAUCAACUAUACUCCCAGCCAGACAUGUCAACCAUCACCAACAACACAUUCAACACCACGUACCUCGCCGACACCAACCCCGCCAUCGUCGACUACUCAACCAACAUCGCCAUCAACAACAGUGAGAUCUACGACAUGCCAAGCAUGUCACUCGACUUUCCUGAUUCCAAACAGCAGGUGUACAUGGAUCAAACCAUGUACACCCUGUCGAAUCAGAACAUUUCCCUUUUCUCUUCAGACAUGUUCCAGAAUGACCCCAUGGCUUUCGCCAAUGCGGGUUCAUCCCAAAGUUAUGACAACUUGGAUUGGAACUUGUCAUCUCAUUGUUAAGAUCAUUCUUAUCUUAUCUUCAUGUACCAAUUUCCUUCUCCCCUUCUCUUUUGUUUUAUUCAAUAUGGUAGGGUAGUAAGGUGUCUAUGAUCUCUUCUUUUCUAUUCUGUGCAUAAAUUUGAUGACCUAUGUGUUUAAUAGAUAUAUUGAUUGCAUUUACAGUUCAUCGAGAGCGUCGAUGAAUUGUGGCGUUUGGGAUUUGGAGAUGUCUUGUAUUCCUACUAUACUUUCUCUUCUUGGGGUGGAGAAUUGCCUUCGAGCAGUUCAAACAUAUGGACAUGAUUUUAUGAGAUUAUGAUGUAUGGUUAUGGGUGAUGACUUGCUCUUUGGGAUGGCUACGGCGUUCGUGUCAUAGGAUGCUGCAGACUUCUUCAAUCAAUUCUUCGAGGGAUUGUCGUUUUAUGAUACUAUAGUAAUGAUAUAUACAAGUACACCA